GAAAGCCCCAAUGGCCUAGUAAGUACUCCAGUCGGCCCAACCAAAUUGAUUGAGACGGACCAGCUCGGCCCAGGCCAGGCCCCGCCAUCGCCGUCGACCAGGCCGGCCCUCCGCCGUCCGCCGCGACGAGAUCCGCGCCUCCCCGACGCCGGCGAGAGCCGAGAGGGUUGCGCCCCUGCUUCUUUCUCCGAUCUCUACCCACAAGCUCCUUGCGCCGCCUUCUCCUCCUCCUCCUCCUCCUGACAAAUGACGGCGGGGGGCGGGCGGUGCUUGCUCGCCGUGGCGCUCGCCGCCGCUUGGAUCUCCGGCGCGGCGGCCGCAGCCUCGUCGUCGGCUGAGCAGGCAGACGGAAGGCAAAAAUCCGUCAAAUGCAUGCCCUGCUCUAGGCCGUACAUUGGUGAUGCAUAUCUAGACAACACCUUGACGGGCCAGCUUGCUCAGCGUCGUGACUUAGUGGAAAUGUCUGAUUCUGGUGAAUUGUGCAAAGGACUUGCUGAAGAUGUCAAAGUGCCUGUGCUCUCAAAAUUGCGCCGGCAACUGGUUGGUGAAGGUUCUCACCGCCGUUUAGUCUAUUCUAUGGAUUUUGGUGCCUGUGAUGGUGCUAUGGUUAAUUUUCUUGAUGGCUAUGAUGCCCAUCUGGUGAUAUUUGAAAAACUCCCGGAUGGGGUGUUUGCUGACCCAUUUGAGCUACAGCAUUUUGUUGAGCGCAAAGUUUUCGUGGAUGUUGCUGUUUUUGGAGACACCAAUCUUGAACUUCCCACAGCUCUAUCCAAUCGGUCAUCUGUCGAGAUUCAUUUUGAUCUCAGGCUAAUCAUUUCAACCGACUGUAACCUUGAAAUAGACUUGCCUCUCCAUGCUAGAUACCCGCCUCUUGAUGCCAGUGGCUAUGCCACGGUGGAGUUUGGUAACCCAGAUUUGUUCCUCCAGUACAGAAAAAAGGAAAUCCAUUCUGAUUCCUGUCUUUGGGUGAUUAAGAAUCUCAAAGCUGCACCCCUGGAGAAAGCUGCAUGGCGGAUACCCUGUGGAGAUGAGGCCCACAUAGGAUUUGUAUCUAGCAUCACGUUUCUUUCAGCUCUUGUUUGUUCCAUGUCCAUCGUCUUAGCUGCUCUAAUUUUUUGACGUCUUAGGGUCCUAGCAGGUCCAGUUUUUUUUUUCUUUACACAAAUACUGAAAUGCGAGACAGUAAAGUUUUCUCCAUGCAUCCACACGUCCUUGCAAAUGACAAUUUAGUUGCCAUUAAUUUUGCUAGCACUAGAGGAGUCUCUGAAAGUUCCAUUGAAUUGGAGUUGCAAACUUCCAAUCACAUAGAGACAAGGACCAGAUCAGGGUUCCUCUUUGUGAUGGAAAAGGAGUUCCAAAAGAAAAAUCAUUUACUUCAAGUUCAGUUCAUGCUCCUGAGGCAGUCUGAGUCAAAAGCUGCAAUACCCCAUCGUCUCAUAAGAAGGUAAGGCAGCUUGCGACCCCAACUCUCAGGAGUCAGGAGUGUUUGCUGUUCUGUCUUGCCUGACAGUCUGGACCUGCAGGAGGAAACCUGAUUAUAUUGUGUUACAACAUGGUUGCAGAGCAAAAUGUUGAUUGAUACAGAAUCACAAAUAGUCUCAUCUCAGCGAUUAAUUUAUUUUC